AUGGAUAAAUCAGUUGGAUUACGAGGGUAUUGCUGCUUCAAUUGCCGGAAUAUUGGCAUACAUGAAAAGGGUAGAGGACGAGCAUUUCUAUUUUCUCAUGCCAUCAAUGUUGUUGAGGAGCCUCCAUAUUACAUCAUAAUGAUAACUGGUCCUCAUGUGGUGUCUGAUAUUUUAUGUGCUGAAUGUGGCAAGAAUUUGGGCUGGAAAUACCAGAGAAGUUUUCGUGAAGUGAAUAAGUACAAGGAAGGCAAAAUUGUCUUGGUCAAACUUAGCCCAGCGAUAAUGCAAGAAGCUGAGUUAUGGCUUGAAAAAGCACUCCAACAACAGUUCUUGGCACACCUGAGCGGAGACGCUGAUAUUGUUUGA